AUGGUGAUUGAUUUACCCUCUGGUGCUGGCUGUUUUGCUGCUGUGGAAACUACUGGGAUAUACACCGGAUCCUCUUUCACAUGCUGCUUCUAUUUUGGAGGGAUUUACAUGGCCGUGCACAGUGAUGAUGGUGAUGUUGGAAUAAAUGUGGAGUGCUGCUUUCAGUUUGGUUGGACUCCAUUAAUGUAUGCUGCCAGUGUUGCACAUCUGGAAAUGGUUCGUGUCCUACUGGAUAGAGGCGCUAAUGCAAGCUUUGAGAAAGAUAAGUUUACUGUACUUAUGGCAGCAUGCACCGCUCAGUCAACAGAGGAAAAGAUUGUAAAGUGCGUGGAGCUGCUUCUGUCAAGGAAUGCUGACCCAAACGUUGCUUGUAGAAGGAAGAUGACUCCAGUUAUGUAUGCUGCUAGAGAAGGCCACACUCAAGUGGUUACACUUCUUGUUGCUAAAGGAGCUGACAUAGACGCACAAGAUGAGAUUGGCUAUACAGCACUAACAUGGGCUGCCCAUGAAGCGCGGAAAAAUUCGGUUUUAAAAUUAUUAGACCUGGGAGCAGAUAAAACACUUUCAUGCAAAAAUGGAAAUACACCAGCAGAAAUUGCAAAACAGCGUAACAAUUUAGAGAUUUAUAGCAUUCUUUCUUUCUCCGCAAAUACAAACCAAGGAAAAUUGUCUAUGAGUAAAAAUGAGGCUAUCUACAAAUACCUGAAAAUGCAACCGGAGUCAUCAAUGAACUACACAACUUGUUACUCGGCUACAACUGAUAUAGAAGUAUUUUUACAUGGCAUUGGUCUUGAACACUUGACAGAUUUGUUCAAGGACAGUGACUUAACACUGAGACAACUGUUAUGUUUGGAGGAAGAAGAGUUUAAAAAGGCUGGUGUUACAGAUGUGAAUGAUUAUAAAAAACUUAUUGCUGCUGUAAAAGAAAUGCAAGUUGAAGAAACCAAUCUUGAAGCAUUUCCAACGUCUUUAAACUUGGAAUCAAGCAGUGAGGAGCUACUUGCAUUUCUCCUUAAAAUGAAUCGACAGUUUAAUUGUAUCACUCAAGCAGUGGAGAAUAUAAAUAACCAAAUACCUUUGAAUCCUGAAGAGGUAGUAUUGGAAUGGGACUCUAUACAGAACUUUACUUCUGUGUGUGAUGACAAUUUAACCAGCAUCACAGAUCUCCACAAGGAAGUGUGUAGACUACAGAAUCUUCUGCAGCAGUUUCAGAAUGGCCAGAAGAACAAACUAUGUCCUGUUCCACCUUUGGAUGAGCAGCCUGGUUUGAAGAGACGUAAACUACUCAAGACCAUUGUUAUGUCGGUGUUGGUUACUGGCUUUAUUGUCUCACUGGUAAAAUUAACAUGGAAGAAAACCUAAUAUUUAGUCAUGUAUGUUAUCUGGAUAGUAUUAUCGGUGAUUCUAUAAAUGUGCAUUUUGUUGAAUUUUCCUUACCUAUAGAACAUGUGUGUUUUACGAGCACCUUCAUUGACAUAUAUUUUCUUAGUAUAUGUUCUGUGGCAUGAAGAACUUGCCAUUGAUGCACCUAUUUACAAAAAUGGUAGGAAAUUAUUCAUUUAUUCAAUUAUCUCUGAAGUAUGUUUUUUUUUAAAUAAAUCUUUUGGUUCAAAAUUCAGUAUUAGGUCAGUUUAGCACAUAACCCCCCCCCCCCACACACACACACACAC